AUGGCAUGGAAGGCCUCCUGUGGACACUCCACCCCGGGCGGCUACAGGCUGGCGCUGAUGAGGACGUUGACUAAUGCCACCACCAGGAGGACCUUCCCAGCUUCCUUGGGACCCUGGGAUGGCAUCAUGAAGGCAGCAGCAGCUGGCCACUCGGCUGCCAUCCGGGCCGAGAUCCAGCGCUUCGAGUCGGUCCAUCCCAACAUUUACUCCAUCUAUGAGCUGCUGGAGCGCGUGGAGGAGCCGGUGCUGCAGAACCAGAUCCGGGAGCAUGUCAUCGCUAUCGAAGAUGCCUUUGUGAACAGCCAGGAAUGGACGUUGAGUCGAUCUGUCCCGGAGCUCAAAGUGGGAAUCGUGGGCAAUCUGGCCAGCGGCAAGUCGGCCCUGGUGCACCGCUACCUGACCGGCACCUACGUCCAGGAAGAGUCUCCUGAAGAUAUGGAUGCAGGUAACUAUGCCCUUUCUUCAUGGUAGCGCUUGUCUUGUUUGGAGAGAGGAGAGGCGGCUGUGUCCUGUAGCGUUCCCUCCCCUCCUCGUCCUGUGCUCCAUCCUGUUGCCUUUGAUUUUGCCUUUUCUUUAAGUUGAACAUUUCACCCUGUUGCGUCCCUUAGAUGUGUUUUUAGCAGUAGUCUAGCUUCCUAUGUUUCCUGUAACACCUGUUCAGUGUCUAACUCCUGUCCUGGGGCCUGUGGAACCUUCGGAUAGUGUGGAGGGAUGGGUCCUGUGGCCAUCUUUGCUUGUUGCUCGGCCAUUAAUUUGCGGAACUUUAUAAACACAUAAAAGCCUUGUGGUGGUCUCCAUGGAGAGGCCGACUUUCUGCGUGACCCAGACUGAGAGGAUGAUUUAGAAAGACCGGAGGUGAACUCGAAGGCUUGAAGGUGGGAAUCCGUGCGCAGACACCUGGCCCUGGUGGAAAGUGUGUGCAGAUGCAUGGUUUAGAGAGGCGAGGGAGGCGAGAGCUUAGGAGGCUUUCUCACUCUGGGGUCUGCACCUGGUCGGGCUGCUGUAUUUGUUCCUUUGUGUCUGAGUGUGGCUUUGAUUUUCCUAGACUGAGGUUUGCUGGUUCCUCAGGUGUAGCUACUGUAUAGGUUGAUGACCCCGGCCGCUCAGUGUCUGGGUGACCUGAUAGCAGGUGUAAUGAUCACCUCUCCAGGUAAAGCUGCCAGCACCACCCACCACACCCCUCAGGCACUCCGAUGCGAGCCCUGCCCCUGGGGAUGCUCUGGCUGCUCUCAUUAGGCUCGGUGUCUGCCUGGCUGGUGCCGUGGCUGGUACCGGAGUCUCCGGCCCUCUCACUCAGGGACGCCUCUCCCUCCCCCUGUGUUGUCUUUGCUGUGGCUGCGUUCUUGUCCCUUUGCACGGUCACAGUUUGUUUUGUCACAUUUGGGCCUGACUGUGCUGUCUUUGCAACUGGCCUUGUAUUUUUAUUAGCAUG